AUGAUGUUGGGGGAGACUCACCGCGCAAAUCCAACCGUUCAUGUGCCACCGUGGCCGCUCCUCCACGAAUCCACGCCGGACAUAUUUUUACCGUACACCGCCAAUGCCGAUUACUCGCCGUACUCUCUGCAAGAAGCGCUCAGCGCACUUCAGCACUACGAUUCCACUGAUGCUGAGUCAGACUCUGAUGCUCCGUCCCGGGAACCGGAGGUCCCGGUUGACGCCUACUCCUGCGAUCAUUUCCGCAUGUUCGAGUUCAAGGUUAGGAGAUGCGCACGUGGCAGGUCACAUGACUGGACGGAGUGCCCGUACGCCCACCCCGGCGAGAAGGCUCGCCGUCGUGACCCCCGCAAGUAUCAUUACUCCGGCACGGCGUGCCCCGAUUUUCGUAAGGGGAUUUGCAAGAAGGGUGACGCUUGCGAGUACGCUCACGGGGUUUUCGAGUGCUGGCUCCACCCCGCACGUUACCGUACUCAGCCGUGCAAGGACGGCACUAGUUGCCGCCGCCGCGUGUGUUUCUUUGCCCACACGCCGGAGCAACUUAGGGUUUUGCCACAGCAGAGUCCACGGAGUGCUGACUCGUACGACGGGUCUCCUUUGAGACUUGCUGUGGAGUCAUCUAAGACGGUGGCGCCCUUCGUGUCUUCUCCAGGGUCGGUGUCGCCGCCGGUGGAAUCUCCCCCUAUGUCGCCGAUGACUCGUUCGGGAUCUGUGUGUGUUAAUGAGAUGGUUGCUUCGCUGAGAAACUUGCAACUGGGGAAGGUUAAGUCGUUGCCUUCUUCUUGGAAUGUUAUAGGAUCUCCCGGGUUCGGGUCUCCCAGAGGACCCGUUAUCCGACCCGGAUUCUUCAGUCUGCCAUCGACCCCCACGCAGCCCCCGGUUCGCGGUGGGGUCAACUGCUUUGACCUGUGGGAUCAGAGUUGUGAGGAGGAGCCCGUGAUGGAGAGGGUGGAGUCUGGAAGAAACAUAAGAGCGAGGAUGUUUGAGAAGUUGAGCAAAGAGAAUGCUCUUGACGGGUCGGGUUCUGGUGGCACCGGGGUUCCCGAUGUUGGGUGGGUUUCGGAGCUUGUGAGUCGCUGA